UACGUGAAAAAAUCACGAAAAUGAAUGAACAUUUCUGAAGAAUUGGAAAAAUUCUGUAUAUAAUCAGUUGAAUUCUCAUGAGAAUCAUUCCAUACAUCGGUAGCCCAAAUAAAAAAACCUUUAGUUGUUCCCUCAAUCAUAAAAAAAUGGACUUUUCAAGCGACGAUUCAUCUUGCAGUGAUUUCGACGAAGAUCCUGAUACAAUGGAAGUUCCUGACAUAGAUAUUUCUAUUGCGUCAACUAUGAAAAAUCACAAUUACUUAGAUGGUGAUACAAAUAACAAUCCUUAUUCCCAAAUUGAAGCGGAAAAUGUAUUAGAUGAAGUAGAGGAGUUCAGUACUCCACCAAUCACUGAAAAUAAUGAACAUGAAAUCGAAACAGAAGAAGAGACUCAACCAGUGAUAGAAAAUACAAAAAACCACACAUUACCUCAAAGGUUACCUCCAACAACGUCAAGGAAUAUUUCAGUGUGUAUAAAUGGUAGAAUGAUAAAAUUAGAUACAAGAAAUGCUGUUUUAGUUACACCAGAAUUAUUAAAAUCGAUGGGCGGAUUAGAAGGUACAAAUGUAAAUAGAUCUGUGAUAAAUAAUGUGACUAGAUUUAAUGGUAGUUCUGCCCGUGUAAAUAAUAACCAGCCUGUAACUGACCGAAUACCUCAUCAAGUAUUAGUUAAUAAUAAUCCAAACACAACAGGAUCAUCUUCUGAACAAGGUGUCCUUGUCAAUUCAAAUGGAGCAAUUCCUAGAUUGGAUUUCAGAAAUGGUUUCCAAAUAAGACUGCCCUCUCAACGAUCAACGGGUAGUUCUGCCCAUGUAAAUAAUACCCAGCCUGUAACUGACCAAAUAUCUCAUCAAGUUUUAGUUAGUAAUCGAAUCACAACAGAAUCAUCUACUGAACAAGGUGUCCUUGUCAAUACAAAUGGAGCAAUUCCUAGAUUGGACUAUAGAAAUGGUUUCCGAAUAGAACCAGCCUCUCCACGAUUAACGGGUCAGUCCAUUCCUGGAGGAAGAAGAAUACUCACCAUAGAUGGUAUUAUUGAUACAGUUGAUGAUGAUAUCAGCGAUCCUCCGACAUUGACGCAACAACCAACCCAAAGUACGUAUUGA